UAAAAUCCCUCGCUAGUCUUCCAACCCUAGACGCCGCUGCCGCUGCCGCUGCUUCCCCUGCGAUUCUGCGACGUGUCCUCCAUUGUCGUCGACGAAGCAAGCAGAACCAGAAGCCGACGCCGCCGUCUCCCGUCCUCCCCUGCCGUCGCCUCCGCCUCCGCCUAUCAUCUCUAACUCUACAAUAGAUUAACUUGAUGAAUGCCAAUUGACUAUUUGAAUUGUUUUGAUUUUCAAAAGUGUUCAUUACUUUUCUGACCUCACUGAACAAAAUUCCUGCAUACACCACUGCCAGUCACCCCAUACAGACUAGAGUGAGUAGGUAUUGAGCUGAAACGGUGAAGAAAAUGAGGGAAGAAGAAAUCGACAGGCUGAGAGGGGUGGUGAGGGACUGCAUGAGCAAGCACUUGUACUCGUCAGCAAUCUUCUUUGCCGAUAAAGUGGCGGCGAUAACGUCAGACCCCACAGACAUCUACAUGCAAGCGCAAGCUCUCUACCUCGGUGGACACUACCGCCGUGCAUUCCACCUCCUCAAUGCCUCCCAAAUUGUUCUCCGUGAUCUCCGCUUCCGUUAUCUUGCUGCUAAGUGCCUGGGGGAAUUGAAAGAGUGGGAUCAAUGCCAACUAGUUCUUGGUAAUGCAAAUGUGGAUGAACAUGGAAAUGUUACUGAACUUGGGGAUUGUAGUAGCAUGUACCUGGACAAGGAUGGUGAAGAUCGUGAAAUCAAUAUUUUGUCUGCAAUAUGCUUCUUGAGGGGCAAGGCAUCUGAAGCAUUGGAGAACCGUGCACAAGCUCAGCUAUGGUACAAAGCUGCCAUCAAAGCUGAUCCUUUGUGUUAUGAGGCCUUGGCAUGCCUUGUAGAGAAUCAUAUGCUCACUUGUGAUGAAGAGGCAAGCCUACUCUCAUCAUUACAGUUUGGUGCUGAAGAUGGUUGGCUCUCUUCAUUCUAUUCUUGCUUGGUAAAGAAGUAUGAAAAAGAGAAUGUAGUGGAAGCGAAAUUUAGGGAACUGGAACAGGAUGGUCCAAGUAUAAAACCAUUAGACAAAUCCUUAUUGUGCACACUCAAGACGAAUACUGAUCUUUUGGCCUGCAAAGCUGAGUAUUAUCAUCAGUGUUCUGAAUAUCAAAAAUGUUUUGAACUAACAUCCACAUUACUUGAGAAGGAUCCAUUCCAUCUUAAGAGUACCUUAGUGCAUUUGGCAGCUGCCAUGGAACUGGGGCACUCAAAUGAGCUGUAUGUCAUGGCAAGCAAUUUAGUCAAGGACUACCCUCAGCAGGCACUGUCAUGGUUUGCAGUUGGUUGUUACUACUAUUGUAUAAAGAAGUAUGAACAAGCACGCCGUUAUUUUAGUAAGGCGACUAGUUUAGAUGGAACAUUUGCUCCAGCUUGGAUAGGUUAUGGUAAUGCUUAUGCAGCUCGAGAAGAGGGAGACCAAGCAAUGUCUGCCUACCGUACUGCUGCUCGCUUAUUUCCUGGGUAAUUGCACAAAUCAGGCAGUAUAUGGGGAAUGCUAGAUGAGUUGAAAGUAUUAU